AGGGAGGGAGGGAAGGAGUGCCGGGCUGCUCCUUUGCGGAAGUGGGUGGCUCCGCUCCCAGCCGGAGAGGAAGGAGAGCCAGAGAGCGGAGUCCGGCGGGCUGCUCCCUGCUCCUCCUCCUCCUCCGCAGCCUUUUCCCCAGCGCCAGCGCCGAGACCCGGGAAGGAUGGCAGGGCGGCUCCCGGCCUGCGUGGUCGACUGUGGCACCGGGUAUACUAAAUUGGGGUAUGCUGGAAAUACAGAGCCACAGUUCAUCAUUCCCUCAUCACGCCUCCUCUGGAGAUCACAUCCCAAAGCACGAGAACAACAAAGGUAUCGCUAUUAAGGAAUCGGCCAAAGUUGUCGAUCAAGCACAGAGAAGGGUUAUGAAAGGUGUGGAUGACCUAGAUUUCUUUAUUGGGGAUGAAGCAAUAGAAAAACCAACAUAUGCAACAAAGUGGCCCAUCCGUCAUGGUAUAGUUGAAGACUGGGACUUGAUGGAGAGGUUUAUGGAACAAGUUAUCUUUAAAUAUUUAAGAGCAGAACCUGAAGAUCAUUAUUUUCUAUUGACUGAACCUCCUCUAAAUACUCCAGAAAACAGGGAAUAUACUGCUGAAAUCAUGUUUGAGUCCUUCAAUGUUCCUGGGCUUUACAUUGCUGUUCAGGCCGUCCUUGCCUUAGCUGCAUCCUGGACAUCCAGACAAGUAGGAGAGCGAACACUGACUGGGACAGUUAUAGACAGUGGAGAUGGUGUCACUCAUGUCAUUCCUGUGGCUGAAGGUUAUGUGAUCGGCAGCUGUAUCAAACAUAUUCCAAUUGCAGGACGAGAUAUAACUUACUUUAUUCAGCAGUUGCUAAGAGAGCGAGAAGUAGGAAUCCCUCCUGAACAAUCAUUGGAAACUGCUAAAGCAGUGAAGGAACGCUUUAGUUAUGUGUGCCCUGAUUUAGUAAAAGAAUUUAACAAGUAUGAUGCAGAUGGUACCAAGUGGAUUAAACAAUAUACUGGAAUCAAUGCAAUCUCAAAGAAAGAAUUUACUAUCGAUGUUGGGUAUGAGAGAUUCUUGGGACCAGAGAUCUUCUUUCAUCCUGAGUUUGCUAAUCCAGAUUUCACACAGCCUAUCUCAGAAGUAGUAGACGAAGUUAUUCAGAACUGUCCCAUUGAUGUUAGACGUCCACUAUAUAAGAAUAUUGUUCUUUCUGGAGGCUCGACAAUGUUCAGGGACUUUGGUCGUCGUUUGCAACGAGACCUCAAAAGGACUGUUGAUGCUAGACUGAAGCUCAGUGAGGAACUGAGUGGUGGAAGACUGAAGCCUAAGCCUAUUGAUGUACAAGUUAUAACACACCAUAUGCAAAGAUACGCUGUCUGGUUUGGAGGAUCCAUGUUGGCUUCCACACCUGAGUUCUACCAAGUAUGCCACACCAAAAAAGAUUAUGAAGAAAUUGGUCCUAGCAUCUGUCGUCACAACCCAGUUUUUGGAGUUAUGUCUUAAAUCGUGGAAGAAUCAGAUCUGGCGAGGCAGGGAGAUGGUCUUUCUCAAUACUUGUUUGUCUGGAUGACUGGUAUUAAGAUAACAAAAUGUGACUUGAAAAUAAGAAGAAAAAAGACCAAACACAAUUAAACAGGAAUAUUUUAAUAAGUGUCUCAACAUGCAGAUGUAGUGGGAAGCCAAAAUGAUUCAAAGUGUUUUUUUUUCUUUUGAUUGAAUAUUUGAACCUGUGCGUAAACAAAACAAAAGAAGUGGGUUUUUGUUCUUUAUGUGCCCUGAUAUUUUGUACAUUAAUGGAAUAUCCAAGAUUUGAUGGGAUUUGAUGGUGUGUAGAUAGUCAGCUCUAUAAUUCUUCAGUUGUACUCUGAUGUGUACAAUGCGAGAGCUUGUUUAUAUUUCAUACUUUUUUAUACAUUGAGAAAAAUAUCAGUGAAUUAAAGGAAUGUAAUAUUUGACAAGAAAAAUACCAGUGACCAAUCUGAGGUAAAUUAAAAACAAUUAUGCCCACAUGAAGAUUAAUCAUGUGACACUCUAGUAAUUUCAAUUAUGACCAAUCUUAAACUUGGGUUCCACACACAGUGCAACUUGGCAAGUGCUUUGGAACUAAGGAGCUAGUAUCUUGGAUUAACUGAUGCCUGCUAGUGCUUUCUGAUUACUCGGUGCAUUUUCAUUCUAUUUCUUGCUUUGGAAAAAAAAAAGUAAAGACAAGACUGUUGGACCAGUAUUGCAGUUCUGUAGUGUCAUUUCUAAUUAAAAACAAAUACUCCAAUUAUCAAAACGGGUGUAUUCCACCAUUCCAAUAAAGGCACAAAAAUUCUUUUUCA